AUAAAAUGACUAGUAACUCUCUCUGAGAAAGAAGUGUCGGUUUGCACUUAAGUGAAGAUUGCAAAGAGUUUAGGACAUCUUUAAAAAUGCCUCAAGAGUAUAACCAUCUUGAAGAAGAGAUUGACGAGUCAAAGAUUAACACAAGCUCAUAUAUGUAAGUUUAUACAUCAAUAAUUGAUUUUUCUCAAGGCCAGAUUAUUAAUUCAUUGAAGCUGAAUGCGACUUAGGAGAAAUUAAAAGUGUUAUCUCAAACACAAUGGCUGUCCAAAAUAGAGUUAUUGAGAAAGAUUUGAAUGAAACUGAGUAAUCCAGAUGGUUGGAGGAGAGAUUCUUUGAACCAGUCUUAUUAACACCCUAAGAUUACCAAGAUAUGAAUGAAAAUUUUGGUAUUUUUUAUCUUAGAGGUUUUCUAGAUCCUUCAUCAAAGAUUCAAGUCAAAUCCAAAGAUGAGGUGUACUAAUGAGUCAAAGAAAUUUUCCAGAACUUUGUAUACUUGGGAGCUAAGAAACAUUCUGCUAGCUGUUCCAUAAAGUUCAUGGCUUUCUGAAAGAAGAAACUGAGGUUGAUGGUGACAAGAAGUUCCAGGGGCUCCUCGCUUUUGCCAAUAAUGUCAAGAAGUUAGAGGAUGUUCCCAUUAGUUUGAUUAAUAAAGUUAAGAAGGUUAUUGAACAAUCUGAACAGAUUCAAUAUGAAGAUACCCCAGGAUCAGGAUUCUUCAAAAAAUUUGAUUGAUUUAAAAUAGCAAAGAGGGAUGUCCAGAAGGCUUAUUGAUUCUUUAAAUUUUGAUAAAUCACAAAUAGAUAGGGAGAUGUAUGAGUAUCAAUGUGCAAUGUCGGAGAACUAUAAUUCUGAGAAUCAUUUACUCCAAGCAUCCAAAACUUUAGAUACUAAUAAUAGUUGAUAUUAAUGAUUUCAAUAAUAUCUAUAGUUUCGAGCAAAAUGGAUGAAUCCAAAUAGCAUUUGUACCACGAAAGUAUGCUAGGAUCCAAGCCAAAUUUCUUUGAUUUUUUUGAGAAGAUUAUUUCAGACUCAGUUAAAGAAUAUGAAAUGUCGAGCGAAAGUGAUACUUCAUAAGCAACUCUUCUUAUAAUUCCGAGGGAUUCCCAUCCUAUCUUUCCUAUAGCUCAGAGAUACACCCUAUCACAUUCAUCCCAUUUUUGACUUACCCAACUGCUGCUGAAGAGUAAAAAAGCAAAAAAGAUUGCUCAGACCCCUCUAAUUCCACCAGCAUCUCCCCAAUAGAAGAAGAGGGCAAGAUCAUGGAUAUAGUUUUCUCUAAUUUCAAAUAUGACAAAUCCAUAUCUAAGAAACUGAGAGGAAACCACUAUGCAUUCGGCAAGAACCUACACCAGCUUCUGCUUCUACCUCGAAGGAUUCUGAGUCUACAAGGAACCCAACUCACUAACGUCUAGAUUUGAGGAGAUAAGAUUGAGGCACAUUCAAGAUGUAAAGAGUCAGAAAUGGAAGACUCUCUUUUGUUUGUUGGGUAGAGUAAGACGUUUAGUGCAUUAUUUUAAUUUGCAUUUAGAGUUCUGCCUCUUGGAUUAG